GUGGGUGCGCUUAUGUUGAGAAGUAUAAAAGUGACUCGCUGUUGAUCUCAAUACUUCAGUCAACUCCUGAUAGUGGAUGAUCAUCCAGCAAAUUAAACCUUUAAGAUUUUAUUUAAAUAAAAACAGUCGAGAUGGCUCUUGAACGUCAAGUCCGUGCCAAGACCCUGGCCAAACGCGAUCCUCAACAAGAAAAAGAAGCGCAGGAAUGGAUCGAAGCGAUUCUUGGUAAAAAAUUCCCGGCUGGUGAAGCAUACGAAGAUGUAAUUCGUGAUGGUCAAAUACUUUGUGAAGUUAUGAACAAAAUUGCACCUGGAUCUAUUCCCAAAAUCAAUACAUCUGGCGGUCAAUUCAAAAUGAUGGAAAAUAUUAACAACUUCCAAAAAGCCAUGAAGGAGUACGGCGUCCAUGACGUUGAUGUUUUCCAGACCUCAGAUUUGUUUGAGAAAAAAGAUAUCGCCCAAGUUACGACAUCACUUUUUGCCCUCGGCCGUACUACUUACUUGCACCCUGAGUGGAAAGGACCUUACCUAGGACCCAAGCCAUCUGAAGAAUGCAAACGCGACUUCUCUGAAGAAACUUUACGCGCUGGACAAACAAUCGUCGGAUUGCAGGCUGGAUCAAACAAAGGCGCGUCUCAAGCCGGGCAAAAUAUCGGCGCUGGUCGUAAAAUUAUUCUUGGAAAGUAAACCGGAUAUUUAUUAUAAAUUACAACCAUCGUUUAUUUUUCUUUCCUAAGCAAUAAAUGUUUAUUUAUUUAAAUUUUUAUAUAAUUAAAUCAAUAUACUAUUCA